GGAUUGACGUACCUGCGUAUGGCACCAAAGCCCGGGUCUUCAUUUCAUACCAUUAGAAAGAGUAUGAAGCACAAAAAACGACUAACUAAGUAUGUUCUUGCGCCCAUGGUUGAUCAGAGCGAACUUGCGUGGAGGAUGCUUGCUCGAAAAUAUGGUGCACAUGUUACAUUUACACCUAUGGUUCAUAUGCGCCAAUUUAUGACAGAUAAAAAGUAUAGGAAGAACGCUAUUGAAUUUUCCGACAAGGAUCGACCAUGCAUAGCACAGUUCUGUGGCAAUUCGCCUGAAUUGUUUGCUGCCUCUGCCAAAAUUGUUGAACCUUUUUGUGACGGGAUCGAUUUGAAUCUGGGUUGCCCCCAGAAUAUUGCCCGUAGAGGUCACUAUGGGUCAUUUCUCCAGGAUGAGUGGCCUCUGAUAAAUGAAUGCAAAGCUGCGGUGAAUAUCCCAGUAUCUGUCAAGAUUCGCGUUUUUCCGGAUAUUGAACGCACCAUCGCGUACGCCAAAAUGUUGGAAGAAGCCGGAGCUACUCUUAUAACAGUUCAUGGUCGAACUCGUGAACAAACUGGACAAAACUCUAAGCUUGCAGAUUGGGAGCAAAUAAAGGCUGUCAAAAUGGCGGUCAGGGUUCCCGUAGUUGCAAAUGGGAAUAUCGUGUGCUACGAUGACGUAGCUAAAUGCCUAAACGUGACCGGAGCCGAUGCUGUUAUGAGUGCAGAGCCACAUUUGUAUAACCCGACGCUGUUUUCUAACGAACAGAGAACAGUUUUUCAGGUGGCCACUGAAUAUUUGGAAUUUGUUAGAGAGUAUCCUUGUCCAAUGUCUUUCAUUCGAGGGCACCUAUUUAAGAUAUUCCGCAACACGUAA